GUCUGUCUGUCUGUCUGUCUCUCUCUCUCUCUCUGUCUGUCUGUCACCUGUCUGUCUGUCUGUCUGUCUCUCUCUCUCUCUCUCUGUCUGUCACCUGUCUGUCUGUCUGUCUGCUUCCUGUCUCACGGGGCCGUCCAUCACCGGAGCUCCUCCCCCCCGGAGCCCCUCCCCCCGGAGCUCCUCCCCCCAGUCGACCCGGAGCGGACACACUCACACACACCGAGGAGAGACGGACCCCGCCCUGCGGUCGAUGGCGUCCUUCAUCUCCAUCCUCCUCUUCCUCGUCACCACAGCAGCUCCGUCCCGUCAGCUGACAGAGCCCAUAUGCUAUGAAUGGGGGGAGUCCAGUGAGGGGGGGGUCUCUGUCCUGGAGGGGGAGGCCUGUUGGCUCUCCUGUCCUCUUUUCUCUCAUCCCUCUGUCUACAACUACACCUCCACCAAGAGCACCGGACACAACCUCUUCUGGUACCGCCUCCCCGAGGGUCACGACCUGGAGCAGCCAAUCACAUACAGCUCGCGGCUCAGUAAAGACCGUGAGAGACUGUGGCUGCAGCCGGCCGUCGUCGAGGACAGCGGACAGUACAUCUGCAUGUUAUGUAACAAGUCGUCCUGCAGUAAGAUAUCCAUGCGCCUGACGGUGAUGCGGCGUGAGGAAUCGGUCGCGGACUCCGACUGCCCGCCGCUGGUUGCCGUGGCAACGAGCUACGAAGAAAUCCCAUUGGAGGGAGGGGGGAUCCUGGACUGCCCAGACCUGCAGGACGUCACCAAGAUGGCCGACAGUGAGCCCACCAUCACCUGGUACUACGUGUCAACAAACGGCAUGUGUUACAAGUCUCCUUUCUGGAACAAGAACCGGCAGCUGACAGGAUCCAGUCUGGAGAUCUUCAUCAUGUCCGACUUGUUCUGUGGUUUAUAUUUCUGUACAGUCUCGUACCUGAGGAGAGGAACAGUCCUCAACUUCACCGGGAGCAUCAACGUCACCGCCGUCUAUUCACCCUUUCUGCCUAAAGAACCCAGCAUCCUGCUGCCGUCCACCAAUCAACUGUUCACUGUCAAACAGGGUGAGGAGGUGCGUCUGCUUUGCAGAGGCCUGUUCCCACACCUGAAAUCACUCUGGGAAAUCUGGUGGACGGUCGACGGCAAGACGCCGGAUAAACUCCCUGACCACCAGCGCUUCUCCAAGAUCAACAGGCAGGUUAAGUGUGACCACGGGGACCGGACAGAGGAGAGUGUUCUGGUGAUCCAGGACUUAGUGUCUGAGGAUCUGAACCGAGAGUUUAACUGCUCAGUGAAGAACGACCGAGGCUUCGAGACGCGCAGAGCUCAGCUGAAGGAGGAGGUGUCGCUGCCGUCCCUGGAGCUCGGGUGUGGUCUCGCCGUGACACUGGUCCUGAUGCUGCUGCUCUUCGUGGUCUAUCACGUCUUCUGGCUGGAGCUGCUGCUGCUCUACAGAUCCUGGUUCGGCAGCGACGAGCGACACACAGACGAUAAGGAGUACGAUGUGUACAUCUCGUACGCGAGGAACAGCGAGGAGGAGCAGUUUGUUCUGUCGACGCUGCACCGAGUUCUGGAGAACGAGCUCGGAUACUCAGUGUGUAUCUUUGACCGGGACAGUCUGCCGGGAGGGACCAUCACAGAUGAGACUCUGAGUUUUGUGGCUCGUAGCCGGCGCCUCCUGGUGGUCGUCAGCCCCGGCUACGCCAGUAAGGGCUCCCAGGCCCUGCUGGAGCUGAAGGCUGGCAUCGACGGCAUGGCGCUGAGCGGGGACCUGCGGGUGAUCCUGGUCCAGUACAAGCCGGUCCGGUGGCAGGGCUGGGUCCGGGAGCUGAGGAGGGCCCGGGUGGCCCUGGCACUGGUCCGAUGGCAGGGGGACAAGUCCAGAGAGCUGACGUCCCGCUUCUGGAAGAGGCUGAGGGUGGAGCUGCCCGUCAGGAGGGUCAGCCGCAGGGGGGUGGAGGAGGCGGAGGGGGAGGGGAACAGUAAGGAGCUGAUGAGGCUGCACAGUCAGAACAGCACAAACUCCCAGACGGGCCUGAUCAGCAGCACCGACAAAGACCCAAAGAAAGUCCUCAACUGUCCAGCGUAGAACCGCCGGAGGUCGACCGGCAGGUGGAGCAGCACGUAGAGGACGUGAUGAGGUUCAGACACCAGAGUCUGGUUGUGACACUGUCAGUCGGUCGGCUGACAUGAAACUUAGCUUCACUUAGUCAAGUCAACUUUAUUGUCACUUCCUGCAGUUUUGUUCCAGACACAGAGGGAUUGAAAACCCGUUUGUCUCGGACCCACGGUGCAAUAGUACAAAACAAAAAAACAAAAACAAAACAGAAAAUAAGAUACGUAAUAUAUAAAAUAAAUAAAUUCUGAGUAGUGCAAAAGUAAGAGUAAUACACAGGAAACUAAAUCAAUAUAAUAAAUUGAAAAUGUGCAAUAUAAAGGACAUGGAGUGCAGAUUAAAUGUAAUAAAUGUAGAGGCCACUGAUGAAAGUGACGAGUGUUCCUCACAAGAGUCUAUGUAAAGUGACCGGUGCAGUUCCUGGGGGGGGGGGGGGGGGGGGGGCUCUGACUGGCUUUAUAAAACCAGCUACAUUAGCAAAAACAACAACACUUAUUUCAGUGCCUUAUUCACUUUCAAGCAUGUUUCUGCAAAGCAUUUUUUAUUCACUAGCCAGAUUAACAGUGUACAGGGAGGAGCCCUUCAUCAGCGUGCUCAAAUGCUCCCAGUGGAAAUAGCGAUAUUAAUGUUUAACAAGUUUAAUGUUUACUGUGUUCAGCGAACAGUGUGGAACCUUCUAGGCUACCGUCUCUGUUUAGUCUGUUCACAUGCUGAUGGUCUCUAACUCGCACUAAACACUCACGUUGAGCUGAGGCUGAAACCGUGUGGUUUCAUUUAUAGGUAUUUGCUUAUAACGCAGAGUUCACGGUCAUCAUGAAACAACGUUGAAAUGAUUUGGUCGUACUGCUUCGAUCAGAGAUCAUGGAUCGUGAUUAAAAUCUAAAGUAGGCAUCGUCCGCACAUUUCACAACGACAGUUCUUAACAGUCGGAAGAACAUAAAGAAGAUGAAUACGACGUGAUGAAACACGUCAACAGGUCGAGGAAAAGCAAAGGAACAAAGAAAAUGUUUCUCAGACGAAAGCUUUUUCACAGCUUCAUUGCCAGAAUCAUUAUCAUAAAUCAUCUGCACACUAUUCAUUCAUUAUCACAAUCUACUUUUAUUUGUCUACUUGUCGGUCCAGAUUACAGCUUCAUGUUGUUUUUCUCAGAAGCCAGUGCAGAGUUUUAAUGACCCGGCUGAACUGAUAGGUGGAGACACCUGUCAAUCAAGGUAAACAAGUAUACAUCAUCUUCAACGAGACUCAUUAGAGAAAGUGAAAUAAACUGAAUCUUAUUUUAGCUUCACAGCCUCAGCUGUACUUUAGCCUAAAGCUAACAUUAGCAUUACUUAGCAUAUAUAAAAGUAGCAUCCUAUGAGUUGGAUGGAAAAGUCUGGGGAAUCGUCCUCAGGGGACCAUGAAUGUCCGUACCAAAUUUCAUUCCAAUUCCUUGAAUAGUGUCAAGAUAUUUCACCGACUGGCUGAGUGUUAGUGGCCAUAACUGCUGUUUGGCUAAAUAUGUCCUGACUUUUAUAAAAUGUUUUCAAAUAUAAUUUCUCGUGGGUGAACCUGUUGUGUAGACGUUUGUUUUUUUUCUCAUUUACUUCAUUGCAGUCAGACUUUUUAUCAAAGCUGUCUCUAGUGACCGUUAAACGUGUGGAGGUUGAUAACUCUGUUAUCUUUGUUGUUUUUCCAUCGUGAUUUUUUUGCGGCUUCCACUGAAAAACAAGCCAACAGAAAUAAAGUAGGUCGUCAUCAGCAUAGAGGGAUAUUCACCAGAUGCAUCAGACUGUAAAAGCAGCACAGCGAUGAAAUGUUACAGAGCAAUAGAGUAAUACUUGAUCUCUACUUUAAAAUGUUUCAGUUACUCUGCACUUAACAAAAUUUGAUAUAUUUAGUACAUCAACAUUAAAUCAACUCUUUUAACGUGCGAUUUUUUUCUGUGAAAAUAUGUCAUACGCUUUUCACUAUUCCUGCACUUUGUCUCGCUCUAAAGUAUUGUAGGAGUCAACAGUAUUUCAUCUGAUUUUCUUUUUUGUUUCCAUGAAUAAAUGGAAAUAAAUGUU